ACCUAAGACGACGCGAUGAUCGCUAUCAGGUUCUUCUCUGCUUUUAGGUAUUACAAGACAACUCAAUGUUUUGAUUUUACUGAACAUGUCCAUCGAUUGAUAGUGUUGCCAUUGGUUGCCAUUGUAGAGGCAAAACGAAUGCAACAUUCUGUGAAACAUAACCCCGUACAAGAAGUGGAUAUAGCACAGGAAGAGGAAGAGAAGAAACAUGUGAAUUUGGAAAUUCUCGAAGAGGUUGAGCCCGUUGAGGAGACAGCUCAACAACCAGUUUAUCAAAUUCGACCGCAUCUUCAUGAAAAGUUUAAGCCUCUAAGUGCAAAGGAGAUAAUACAUGAUGUGUUAUUUGAUCAACUUGCUACAAAAUCAUAUGACGCACAGGCAGCUGCUCAAUGGACCAAAGAUAUAGCAGAUAUUAUUGAAAGAAAAAUUAAAGAAUUACAGUUUAAAAGGUAUAAAUAUAUUGUCAAUGUGAUUUUGGGACAGCAACACGGUGCUGGUGUAAAAAUAGGUACAAGAUGUAUUUGGGAUGCAGAAGCUGAUACAUAUGCCUACGAUAAUUUCAUCAAUGAUACUAUAUUUUGCGUGGCUAUAGUAUAUGCAGUUUAUUUUUAUUAAAUGUUUUAAUUUUUACACAACAUUUUUGUCCCGCAAAGGUAUCUACAUGGACAAAACUCAUGAAUAGAAAAGUAUUGUUUAGAAACAUCAGUAAAUUUAUUAAAGUACAAUCUAUUAUUACCAUACAUAUUGAUACAUAUGCUUCGCAAUGUUAUAUGUAAUGAUAUAACACAAUUUUUACAUAUAAUUACACCAAGAAUUACACAUAAUAUUUAAAUAUAUAUUUAUUCAUGUACCUACAAUGUUAUGUGCAUGAUUGCGUUCGCAAUAUUUUUCAUUUCACAUAGUUCUUUUUUAUGUACUAAAAUUAUUAUAGCACCAUAAUUCACGGUAGUAUUGUAUGAUUAAAAUUGAUUUAUCCUACUUGU